GUCUUAGUUGUGGAGGAGAAUUAAGUUGGGAAAGGGUAUUGCAGUAAGCCAGGCGACUGUUGCAUUUUGAUUGUAUAAGUGAGCGGUGAAAGACCUGUGAGCACCUUUUCAACAUGAGCAAGUGAGUCGAAAGAGUGCAAUGCGUGUUGACCACAACGUUCAAGUUUAUGCAAUCUCAUCAAAUCCAUAGCUUUGGGCCACGACAACGACUUAAACAUGUCUCAUCAUCUCUUCCUGCUUUCUCCGUCUGAUACGCCAAUAUACAGUCUGACGCACUACUCUACUAAGCUAGCGCAGCAAACGUCGUCGUCGCUUUCAUCAAACUUGCCUACAUGGUCUACCUCUGCGUUUGCGGGUACACUGACUGCGUUGUCAGGAGCGUCUAGCGCUACGCAGUCUCACCACGUCCAAGGGGGCGGUGUGAGGAUGGGCGGAGGGCAAGAUCGACAUGUGAUCCAAAUGAUUGCCAACGCAAGUCUGGAUAUUAUUGAAGAUGUCAUGCGAAAGGAAAGUGCCAUGUAUCUGAAAUCUGUAGAUAAAUUCAAUGAAUGGACGGUGUCUGCGUUUGUCACCCCAGGCAACAUGAAAUUCAUACUGCUGCAUGAGACCAAGAAUGACGAUGGGAUUCGGUCCUUCUUUCAGGACGUCUGGGAACUGUACCUCAAGACAAUGUUAAACCCAUUCCACACGGCACAUUCGCCGAUACGCAGUAUUGUGUUUGAUACACGUGUUCGGGCGAGUGCGAAAAAGUAUCUUUAACGACUCUGGGAGCAAGAACAAUAACUUUUAGUACACGUGUACGGCGAUUGCCAUAGAUCAAUACACUAGCUUAGGCUGUGAGCUUAAUUGUUAUGUGGGCUGAGCUCGACGACCGGUGUUA